AUGAUAAUGCAGAUUGUAACUAAAGUUCGCCUCUUUAACAGUCCUUUUACAGUUUGUUACAUUAAUGAAGAUCAUAUUUCACUGCCUAAGGAACACGCAAAUACAAUUGGAAUAGCAAAAGCAAAGUAUAAUACGAUUCCUGAUGGAGACCAUAACAACAAAGAGGAUAAAAGAAGUGAAUACCGCCGAGCAUUUCAGAUUAAGACAACAGCAUUACUUUUACAACCUCUUUUAAAAGCGUGCUAUAAUUCUCAUAUGUUUAGGAGAAAUAUAAUAAGAAAUUUAGUUCAACUAAGUGGUAAUGAAAGUGAAACGAUUUUAUUAAAGCUAAAACUGGAACCACCAGACAAGGAACUUAUUGACUAUGCUUGGAAUGAAAGAAUUUUGUAUUUAGUUAUGAGUAGAGCAGAAAUUGAGAAUGCUUUUGCUUGGCUAUCUACAUUAGGAGGAGCCUACUCAGCCCUCGGUGAUUACUUUGAACAUUGUGCUGAAAAGGCAGGCAGAAUAUCAGUGAGACAAUAUAAACUAUCCAGAAUGCUAGGAGAUGACAGUCUUGCUGCCCGAAGCAAGCUUUAUUCAGCACUAGCAAUCUCACAGAAAGGAAACUUGAAGUUGGCCCGAGGAAUUGUUAAAGAAGUUGCAGCUUUUGCCAGAUCAACCUACGACAAGAGACUAAACAGAAUGUGUCAGGGUGUCUGGGCGAAAUUGAAGUAUCUUCGGCAGUUUCAUAGUAAUAUUAACGGCCGUAUUGUUAGGGUGCAGGUGUAA